AUGAACACUCCGAAUCAACCCCUCUUCGAUAGUCCUGCCAAUGAGAUGAAAUUUAAACAACGAAUUAUAGCGGCGCUUCCACUUUACAAUGGUGAAUCUGAACAUCUUUCAGACUGGUUACGUGAUGCUGGAGCAUUUUUUUCCAAUGAAAGUAUUUCCGAUGCUCAUCAAGUCUUUGCUAUACGUUCUCGUCUUACGGAUCAAGCUCUCGAUAUAUUUGGUGUUCAUGAAGAUCUCAUUCACAAUUUCUACGAUCUUCGCAAGCUUCUUUUACAGACAGCUGGUAAAGCGCCUUUACGUACUCUCGCAUCAGUUGAUUCAAUCUCUAACGUCACUUUCAAUAUGCGUCAGCCCGUCGCUGAUUCAACACGUCUCGAUUCUAAUCAGACUACAACUACAUCUUUACCUACAACAUCAAUAAUAUUUACUCAAUUGGCUGAUGAUUUAAUUCCAAACGAAUAUCGCAAGUCCAUUAUUGGUCAAUUUCAAGAAGAUAAAUCUCUCAAAUUUUCUGGUGACAACAAACAAGAUAUUUUUAAAUGGAUCGAAAGAUUGGAACGUAAAUUCGAAAUCGCAGAAAUCAGCGAUGUUAAAAAUUCGAUUUUUUGA